CUGAUUUAAUUUCCGUCUAAUUUUAGGGAUUAUGAUUAGCAACUGGCAGACCACAAAUAUGCGUUGCUUGCGCCUCUGCCAGAGUGAGAGUGGCUUCUACUGCUGACUCAAUCCUACCCUGUCAUAAAAAGGUACUUUGACAUGGAUUCCACAACUCAAAACCGCACAUUCUCAAUUAAACUAUGGCCCCCUAGUCAGAGUACCAGGCUAUUGCUUGUGGAGCGAAUGACUAAGAAUCUUACUACGCCAUCCAUUUUUUCUAGAAAGUAUGGUCUGCUGAGCAAAGAAGAAGCUGAGGAUGAUGCCAAGCAAAUAGAAAGCAUGGCUUUUGCUACUGCAAACCAGCAUUACGAGAAGGAGUCAGAUGGUGAUGGAAGUUCUGCAGUGCAACUGUAUGCUAAAGAGUCCAGUAAGCUUAUGCUGGAAGUUCUAAAAAGAGGCCCCAGAACUAAUGAUGUUGGGGAAGUGAUGAUCUCUGAGAAAGCGAAAGCGUAUGAUGAAUAUAUUUUUGAUAUAUCUGGAGGUCGCCGGGCCUUCAUUGAUGCAGAGGAGGCUGAAGAACUGCUAAAGCCAUUGAGUGAACCAGGAAAUGCAUAUACUAAGAUAUGUUUCAGCAAUAGAAGUUUUGGCUUGGAUGCUGCACGUGUUGUUGAGCCCAUCUUGUCUUCCCUCAAGGAUCAACUAACAGAAGUAGACCUAUCAGACUUCAUUGCCGGAAGGUCAGAGGACGAAGCUCUUGAAGUAAUGAAUAUAUUUUCAUCAGCGCUGGAAGCUUGUGAAUUGCGGUAUUUGAACCUUUCAAACAAUGCCUUGGGCGAAAAGGGUGUGAGGGCAUUUGGAGCACUCCUCAAAUCACAGAAUAAUUUGGAGGAGCUAUACUUGAUGAACGAUGGAAUCUCCGAGGAAGCAGCGCGAGCAGUGUGUGAGUUGAUUCCUUCUACUAAAAAGCUUAGAAUCCUUCAAUUUCAUAAUAACAUGACUGGAGAUGAGGGGGCAAUUGCUAUUUCUGAGCUUGUGAAACAAUCUCCUCUCCUGGAGGAUUUCCGGUGUUCUUCUACGAGGGUAGACUUUGAGGGUGGUGUUGCCCUGGCUAAAGCUGUUGGGACAUGUACCCAUUUAAAGAAACUGGAUUUACGUGACAAUAUGUUUGGCGUGGAAGCUGGAGUUGCUUUGAGCAAGGCCUUAUCUGGAUUUGCAGAUCUCACUGAGAUCUACCUCAGUUAUUUGAAUCUGGAGGAUGAGGGGUCUAUAGCUCUUGCUAAUGCUCUCACAAAUACCGCUCCUUCACUUGAAGUGUUGGAUAUGGCCGGAAAUGACAUCACUGUAAAAGCUGCUCCUGCUUUGGCUGCGUGUAUAGCUGCAAAACAAGUUCUCACCAAGUUAAACUUGUCUGAGAAUGAACUAAAGGAUGAUGGUGCGAUUUUGAUUGCCAAAACAUUUGAAGACAGUCACAGCCAGUUAAAUGAAGUUGAUCUGAGUACCAAUUCGAUAAGAAGGGCUGGAGCCAGGGUAUUGGCUCAAGCAGUUGUACGUAAGCCAGGGUUUAAGUUACUGAACCUGGACGGAAAUUUCAUAUCUGAUGAAGGGGUUGAUGAGCUGAAGGAGAUAUUCAAGCAUUCUCCAGAUAUGCUUGGGCCGUUGGAUGAGAAUGAUCCAGAGGGAGAAGGCUUUGAGGAGGAGGAUGAAGAGGAGGCUUCUGAUCAUGACGAUGAAUUGGAGUCCAAACUUAAGGAUCUCAAAAUCAAGCCGGAGGAAUAGGAUGAAUUACCAGCGUGUCUUGCUUUGGCAUCACCUGAUUUGAAACUCAUUUCAAGUUGCUGCGUGUUAUUACGACAGGCUGUGGAUUCAUGUGGUAAGCUUUGAUCUCGCAAGAAUUGUAUUCUGUUUUCCUGAGACUUUCAGAACCAUCCCAAGUUCACUAGUUUUGUGUCCUAAUAUUAUUGGGGAACCAUGAUUUGGUUUGAGAUAUUGCUCGGCACUGUUGUACUAUUUUUUGUUUUUUGUUUUUUUUUUUUUAUGUCCUUUGUUUCCCCCUCCUCCCUAGGCUAUAAUAAUAUUUAGUUUUGUUUCCUAUAAAACAUGGUGGUGGUGGUGGUGCAAAUUGAGGCAAAUACCAAAUUUGCCUUGUGGAUGAACCAUUACUAAUGCAUUUGGACAUCACUUUUAGCUCAA